CUUUUUAGCUUCUUGGGUCGAGGGGAAAAGGGAGGAUGGAGAGCAAGAAUGGGGAGGGAGUGAGGAACAAGCAAGAUAUAUUCAGGGACUUCAUCGCGAAUGGCGCCUUCCCUACAGAGUCGGACAUGCAGGUGACUGAGUCGACCAUCGAACUGACCAGAGCCAUCGCCGAAGGUUCCAGUGGAGUGUUGGUGAAGAAUCUCUACCUCUCCUGCGAUCCUUACAUGAGGAAUUGCAUGGGGGAGCUCCCUGACUCGGCUCAAAGCUAUAUCGCCUCCUUCCAACCGGGUUCGCCCAUUCCUGGAUAUGGAGUAGCUAGAGUCCUGGAAUCUGGGCAUCCCAACUUCAAGAAAGGCGACUUGGUUUGGGGCAUCACCGGAUGGGAGGAGUAUAGUUUAAUUACUGCGCCGGAGAGUUGCUUCAAGAUCGAACACACCGAUGUUCCUCUGUCUUACUACACCGGCCUCCUGGGUAUGCCGGGAAUGACAGCUUAUGCCGGGUUUUUCGAGGUAUCGUCUCCUAAGAAAGGAGAGACUGUUUUCAUAUCGGCCGCGGCGGGUGCCGUCGGUCAGCUUGUUGGCCAGUUUGCAAAGUUGUUGGGAUGUUAUGUCGUUGGCAGUGCCGGUAGCAGAGAGAAGGUUGAUUUGCUGAAGAACAAGCUCGGAUUCGAUGAUGCUUUCAACUACAAGGAGGAACAGGAUCUGGAUGCAGUGCUGAAAAGAUGCUUCCCCGAGGGGAUCGAUGUCUACUUCGACAAUGUCGGCGGAAGGAUGCUCGAUGCAGUGCUGCCCAACAUGAAACUUCAUGGUCGAAUCACGGUAUGUGGAAUGAUCUCACAGUACAGCCUCGAGCAGCCUGAAGGCAUGUACAACUUGAUGAACAUUCUCCUGAAGCGCGUUCGAAUGCAAGGUUUCUUGGUGUUUGACUACUAUCAUCUCUACCCGAAGUUCCUGGAGACGGUAUUGCCUCAGAUAAAAGAGGGAAAGAUUGUGUACGUGGAAGACAUCGUUGAAGGGCUCGAGAAUGGUCCGGCAGCACUUGUCGGGGUGUUCUACGGUCGCAAUGUCGGGAAACAGGUGGUCGUGGUUUCUCGCGAAUGAGUCGGCUUUCUGUACUUUUUGGUCGGCAUAAUCUUUUUUCUUCUCGUGUUUUCGAAGUAGAUGUGUCUCUUGUAAUAAUUCUAUCGUUGUGGUUCUUUCUACCGAGUCAACGCCUUCGAUAAAACUGGUUCAUGAUACCAAAUUGUUAUGA